UUUUGCUUGUGAAGAUUGCUUGUUUUGCGAUUUGUUUGUGGGUUUGGAGAUGAGGUUAUACACACAUUUGUGAGGAGUCUCAAGCCUUAAUCCUUUUAAAAGUCGUUCGAAUCAUUAAGUUAACAUUCAGCUUUUUGAGUAUGAACGUACCAGGAAUUGUCAAUUACCUCAUUGCUCUCUUGUCGUAAAAGUGUUGUUAUUUGCUACAUAAUAAACAACGAGUAGAAGUACAGCACCCUCCCGUUGAGCUAAACGGUCGCGUUAUAAAUAAAACGGUAUCCAAAGCCGUGCUACAGUACAGGCACAGGUGCUUGUGUGGGACACAAGAGACAAUCAGAUAGUACUUAAAAUUUUGUAAAUCAGUGAAUUUCAAUAAAAUAUUGAUCAACGUUAGAGCAACAAUUUAAGAAAUUAAUAAGCAAGCCAAAAGAAUAGAAUUUUUUUCGGAAAUUGUGCAAUGGUCAACUCUGGAAAGAUAUCCGCGAUAGCUAUGAGCCAUUCUACUCUGUGGAUUGCAGUGCUGGUCGUCCACGUGGGUUGCAUAAUCGAAGCCCAGCCUUCAAAAUACCCGUCGUCACCUGUAACGUCAUCCUCCGAAGAUGAAAAGCUGAUUCCUGCAGCAUCGCAAUCCGCUCUAUACACCUCCUCAGGCAAGAACAGCAUUCGGGACAAGAAAGAAAGUUUCAUUGUGAACCACCAGCGAACUUUCACUCGUGGAGCGAAUCGUGCCAGGAAAUACUCCACAAUUGCAUCCACAACCGUUACCAGCACCACUACUACCACCCCAACGACCACUCUUGCAAAUGGUAUUGACUCUGACGAUUCAUGCUCCCGUAAAAAUGACGGCUAUUAUCAAAAUUUCGGGUCAGAUUGUACAUCAUACUACUUUUGCGCGGCUGGUUACCAACUCACCUAUGUUUGUCCUCCGGGAGAGAGAUUCAACGGAAAAAAGUGUGAUGAAGAUUACCGUUGCCCAGUAAAACCAGGGUCCAACCCGUGUGGGAAUAAACCCAACGGAUAUUAUGCUUAUCAAGGGGGACGCCACCCAGGAAAGUACUUUUACUGCUUUCAGAAAGCUAAAGUCAUAGAAUUGCAGUGCGAAACUGGGAAGGUUUUCGUAAAUGGAAAGUGCUGUUCUCAGCAUUUCCCUCAAGUUGCGAGUGGCGAUCAAGUAGCCAUUGUUCCUUUAGAUGGUGUCACGAAGGUUGAGAAAAGCCCCCCUUAUAAACACCUUCCCGAUAAUGUUACAUCAGAUAAGCCUUCAGAUAAGGAGGAGGAAACCUGUUUAGAAAAAUCUAAUGGGUUCUACACCGAGAGGAGGAGUAGUUGUACUAAAUAUUAUUUCUGUAUUAAUAAUGAAAAGACGGGUCUUAAUUGUCAAGUCGGUCACUUAUUUAAUGGUGACCUUUGCGUUCACUCUUCCCGCUAUGAGUGUCCCUACGAUUCGGAAGGGAACCUAAUUCAAAAUUAGCUAUUAUUUAGUAUAUCAAUCCAAUAAAAAACUUUAAUUUUGCCAAAGUCAAUAAGCAAAUAAUUAAACCUAUGCAUCAUUUUCUGAAAUAUGAAAUAUGCACAAAAAAACCUCAACUUUCUCAGGGUAUAUAUUGUAAUAAUCAUCAUGUAAAUAUAUAUGAAAUUAUUUGCAUUUUGUUAUAAUUUCUAAGAUUAUAUAAAGUUCGACUAAAGAAGAGAGUCAUUCAAGUGGAAGACUGUUUAAUGAAGGAAUGAAAUAAAUAUGAUAUUAUUAUGCCAUA